UACACUUCUGAUAUUGCACUUUUGAUAUUGCUUUGUGUUGUACACUUUUGACAAGCAACACUAAUUCAAGCAACUGCCAAAGUGUCGUGAUUCAUAAUCACACAAAUAAAUUACAAUACAAACACCAUUAUGUUUUCUACAAGAUUUUACUCUUCUGUCAGGAGCACUUUAUAGCACACAUAUGUGGACACUUACGCAGCGUGCUCACAAGCAUGCUUCAGCUGCGGCAAAUAAAAACGAAAGAUGAAAAAAGUCGAAUAGAAAAUUGCACGAAUGUGGACAUAAAGGACGAUACUUCAUUUCCACGUAAUGAUAACUCAGAUUCGGAAGCAGAGUAGCAACACAUUACAGUGGUCUGAUAGUUAAAGUAGUGUGCUUGUUAUUUGGUAACAAGUAUUUUUUCUUAUUACUUUGGCUUUAUAAAUCUCAGGGUGCAACUAUCUAAUUUUGGUCUUCACUUGGUGUUGGACUGCAGUAAAAUCGUUGAGCUACCAAUAACAUAAGCUUUAUAUUUCAAACUUGUGACUCCUUUUACAGAGCAGCAGCCUAGCUCUUUGGACUACAAUAAGAUCCUACAGCUGAUAAAAGAACUUCACUUCACUGGAGAUAAGAAAUCCUAACUGGAUAGCAUUUCUCAAUUAGUCUUCCUGGAUUGUGCCAAUAUUCUUCUCUAAGUUUUGGAUCUCCACUGAUACGACUGGCAUGGACCGGAGAGGCUUCGAUGGUGGCAGCGCCUACUACCAGAGGUCCGAUAACCCUGAAGAGUAUUCCAGACAACGGGACUCGGGCAUGUCUCGAGAUUGGGAAAGUAGGGGCGGGAGAGAAAGAGAUUCCUGGGAAAAUUCUGUAAACAGGUUCCUUGACAAUGAAGAAAGGCGUCCGCGUGAUAGAAGAUCAAGAAGUAGGUCAAGGGAAAGGGAUCGUGGUCGUGAUAGGAGACGUUCAAGUUCUAGGGAAAGACGGGGCUAUAGGGGUUCUCCAGGAAGAGGGUGGGAUGAUGAGAAGUUGAGAAAAAAUUGGAAUGAUGAGGAAACACGAGGCAGGGGUUUUAGGGGAGAUAGGAGGAAUUGGGAUGAUGAAUCUGGAAAGGACAGGGAUUUCAGUAACAGGGAAUGGAGUAGCACUCAAGGGGGUGGUCAAAAAGAUGAUUGGUUGGAAAAGGUUUGGGGAAAAUCAGAUGGAUAUGAGAGUAGUAAUUCUUCUUGGAACAACGAUUUAUCAGAUUUAAGAAAUGAUUGGCCAGAACUUCCAGCUGGUGUUCAACCUAUGCAAAACAGAACUAUAAUCAUUAGAGGUCUGGCUCAACAUAUAACUGAAAAUGAUAUUAGACAAGAAAUUGCCAAAUGUGGUCUUGACCCAUCAGAUAUUCGCAUGAUCAGAAGAAAAAAUGGCACCUCUAGAGGAUUUGCAUUUGUUGAGUUUGCUUCUACAGAAGAGGCUGUAAAAUGUAUGGAGUUAAAAAAUGGAGAAUUGAUGCUAAACAACCACUACAGAGCUAUCAUGCAGUUUAGUCUACCUAAAGAUACUCGAUUACAUUAUUAUAGUGAUUGGCAUUGCAAGUGCUCAGCACACAAUUUCAAGAGACGAGAUAUUUGUUAUAAAUGUGGGUGCACUAGAGAAGAUGCUAUUGCUGAUGAAGUUAGUGCAUACCCUACCAACACAGUUCUUCUUCGAGGAUUAGACACUUUGACAACUGAGGCAAACGUACUUGAAGCAAUUCAAGUACUCUCCAAUCUUCCUAUAAAAAGUGUCCGUAUUGGAAGGGAUCCAGUUACUAGUACAUCUUUAGGAGUCUGUUAUAUUGAAAUGAACUAUGUCAUGGAUGCUACAUUUCUACAUAAUGCACUUUUAAUGGCAUCACCUGAAAUUGAUGGAAAAACUCCAUUAGUUUCAUACUACAAAUCAGACACAGCUUCCCAGAGUGCCAUCAUUCAGGCAUCUAAGGCAGGAAAUUCAGCAGUUGAAGCUGCUCAGUGGAGUCAUCAGAAGACUGGGGAAAUGAGUCAGUAUACUCUGAAAGAUGUAAGUCGCCUAGCUGAGUACAGUGCAAAUUUGUAUGCAAAGACUCCUGAAGAGAAAAAUACCUAUUUAACAUAUUAUCAGCAGUACUAUCACAAAUUGAUUUCAGAAGGAGGUCAGAUCUCAUUGCCUUCAGAUUCUUCUGCAGAGAACCUAGCAAAACCAGCUGCUAGUAGCACAUCAAGCACAGCCCCACUGACAGAGGCUCCUGAUGGGUCAGGGUCUAGGACUUACUGUAUUCCUGAUGUCAGCACCUAUCAGUACGAUAAAACCUCAGGUUAUUACUAUGACCCUUAUACAACUCUUUACUAUGAUGCUAAUUCCCAGUACUACUAUAAUUCAAAGUUAGCAAAAUUUUUGUACUGGGAUUCCAAUAGAAAUACUUUUAUGCCGGCACCAACUGCUGCUACUACCUCAGGUGCUAUGGCAUCUAUUGCUAGUGCUGCUGGAAUUUCUGACGCUCUAGAAAAUGGAGAUCUUAAAGAUGAUGACAAGAAAAUAAAAGACAAAACUAGUGAUAAAGACAAGGUAAAAGUUGCUAAAAGAAUUGCCAAAGAUAUGGAAAAGUGGGCAAAGACUUUGAAUCAUAAAAAAGAAAUUGCCAAACAAAACCUGGUUGCACAGCAGUCUGUGAACACUGCUUCUCUUAGAACCCAAGGAGCUGCAGACAUAGGUUUUGCUGUACUCGAAAGAAAAGAUGUAACUAUCCCCAGUGGAAUGUCAGUAACUUCAUCACCGCCAAAAACCCAACAGCAACAAGACAGCCUGGUUGCUGCAUAUGGUAAUGGCAGUGACAGUGAAGAAGAGCCAGAAGAGACUGUUGAAGGUGAGGAAAAACAACAUGUCGAUUGGUCAAAACUGGCUUGUCUAUUGUGCAAGAGACAGUUCCCUAGCAAAGAUAUCCUGGUCAAACACACCCAGCUGUCAGACUUGCAUAAGCAGAAUCUGAACAAAUGGUACAAGUCGAGAGGUUUGGACCCUGACGAUGCGCAGAAAAGAACAAUGCAAUACAGAGAUAGGGCAAAAGAGAGAAGGUUAAAAUAUGGAGAGCCAGACAAACCACAGCCUAACAAAUUAAAAGAGACUUACAUUAAAUCAAAGGAAGCAACAAUCAGUUACGAAGAGCCAACCAAAAUGGGUAUUGGAUCCGACAACUUGGGAAAUAAGCUUCUGCAAAAAAUGGGGUGGCAAGAAGGCAUGGGUCUUGGUAAGAAGAACCAAGGAAGGACGACGAUUAUUGAAGCAGAAAGAAGAUCAGCAACUGCAGGGUUGGGUACAAAAACUACUGGCGUAGUGCCAGGCCCAGGAGAAACUUAUAAGGACUGUGUGAGGAAAAUGAUGUAUAUUAGGUAUCAAGAAAUAGAAGAGAAUCAAGGUUAGGUCUGUUAGUAGAAUAUUUGACAUAAUAUUGACAGUACAAAUAUUUACCUUAUAUGCUAUGAAAUGUAAUUUUAAUACAAAUGAAAGUUAUCAUGUUUUAAUGUUUGUAAAUUUUUCAUAUUUUUAUAUCAAACUUUGAAUAUUUAACAUAACAUACUCAUUUGUAAAUAUUUAAGCGGUUUUUACUCUCAAGGGCCGUUUUAAGUGCAUGUUUUGUGGUGUAUAUAUAUGUGGUGAUGAAUUCAAAGAGUGGGACUGUAAUUUUCACUAUAUAGAAAAACAUAUUAUUUAUUGCAUUAUUAUUAUUUGUACUAUGUGCAAUCCAACUCUUACUCAGAAUGAAUUGCCAGUAUUUGAAAUGCCUAUGAAACACACAUAGAAAUGUCCUCGUACAGUAAAAUAUUAAAAAUCUAUAC